GCUUAAGCGAGACUACAACUUCUUGAACUAAUCAAAAUUCCUACCAACUUUUGACAAAUUUCCAUAUCCCGCGACCAGGCAGCAAACCCCUUGCAAAACUUCAAUCACAAAUUGCAAAUAUGGAGUCCUCUAAGCAGCCCGUCAAGCUUGUCAAGGUCACCCGCGUCCUGGGCCGAACCGGUUCUCGUGGUGGCGUUACCCAAGUUCGUGUCGAAUUCAUGGACGACCAGACCCGAAGCAUCAUCCGAAACGUCAAGGGACCAGUUCGUGAGGACGACAUUCUCUGCCUACUCGAGUCUGAGCGUGAAGCCCGACGAUUACGAUAAGAAUGGAAUUUCCUUUGGGAGGAGUUGCGAGUAUGAAGGGACAGGGUUUUACUGCUAGCUUACGAUCAGACUACGGUCGAAGAUCAGUAGCAUCAUACAGGAUUCGCGGUCAAGAUUCCUUUUGUUACAGGAGUCGUCGCCGGACUAUGAUGGGCAUUCUGCAUUGCGAAUAAAGCACGAUUCAUACCCCGACCAAUACACUUCGCGUGAUACGGCUACAUGAUUGUCUUUGAAUUGAUAUUCCUCAUUUCUGCAAUCUAAAUAUCCUAUUUUAAGCUU